GCCAGGCCUCCCAGCAUUCCCAGAACCACAGGGCUGGGGGUCAUGACAAUAGCACGGACCACACAACCCUGAGUCCAUGUGGCAGUGAAGCGGAAGAAGGUGGGCUCCAGAAGGAGAGAGCCUGCCCACGGCUCUGGGUCGGGCCGUCUCCCACUGGGCAGGUGAGCAGGGCCGCACUGUGAGGUGAGGCCCUGGGGCUAAGGGCCGGCUGGAGCUGAACAGGAUCCCCAUCUGCACACUGGGCAGUGAGGUUUGGUGGUGGGUCUUUACGUGGGAUACGACCAGACCAGCACACGUGUGCACAUCUGCUCUGCUGUCUGCCCUCCAGCCCGAGUGUGGGAGCAGAUGGGAAGAGAGUAGACACAGAUUGAAGGCCAACGACAGUGUUGGUGGGGCUCUUGGUGUCCAUCUUAGCAGGGCCCAGGAGCCACCUGCAUCAGCCAGCUAGAGCUGUGUAACAAAUUGCCCCUAAACUUAGUGGCUUAGGGCAGCAAUCACUAGCCGUUCUCACAGUCUGUAUGGGUCAGCUUGUCUUUAUCCCACUGUGUCUGGGGCCUAAGCUGGGGCCUCCUGACCACUCACUCACUCUUCUGGUGGUUGGUGCUGCAUCAGCGGGGCCUAGCUGGAGUCAAGGACCAACAUAUCCACCAGGAGGUUCUCCGUGUGUCCUGGGCUUCCUGCCAAUAUGGUGACUGGGUUCCCUGGACAAGUGUUCUGAGGAUAGAAUCAGGAGGAAGCCGUGCUGCCUUUUAUGACCUAACCUCAGAAGCCAGACAGCACCAUUUCCAGCAUAUUCUAUUGGUCAAAGCAGUUACCAAGGUCCACCUGGUUCAAGGGAAGGGAAUAAACCCCGUCUUUCAGUGGAGAUGUGCCCGUGGCACUGUGGGAUGGCAGUUAGCUACCGGCUACCAGGAUCAGGCCCCAGAACCUGACAGAGCCCUGGACACAGACAGGCUGUGGGGUGCCCUGCUGUGGAAGUGGGCAUCUUCCAGCAAGGAGUGUACAGGAGGUGGUGACACCCUGAGAUGGUUGGUGAUCCUGGCUCUUGAGGGAGCCCAGCAUCCAGAUUCCAGGUGGCAGGGACAAGGGUCAGCAGGCAGGGGACUCUGGCCAGCUGAAGGCAAGGUGCUCCCUCUGUUUACUGGAAGGAGCUGUGGAUCCAGCACCCCCCCCCCCAGUCUGGACACCCCAUCUUGGGAAGGUGGGGGUGGGAAGAUCCAGUCUUGAGGAAGGCUGGCAGGUCAGAGCACUGCUGUCCUGGGAUGGGGCGCUGUACCCCAGUCAGUUACCUGAGGGGUGUCAGCAGGCUGACACUUGGGGGACAGGGUAGAAAACGCCAAUGGGGUGCUCCCAGCACACCCACUUAGCCCAGAGGCCACAGCUGCCUGCCCUCCAGGGUUCCCCCACCCCAGGGCAGGCCGGCGGGUGUCCUGAAGGAAGAAUGUUGGUUAAAGAAGUCUGACAGGUCUGGUCACCCGCCCUUCCCCACUCAGCGACACCAGAGACCCGGCGGUCUGGGGUGCGACUGGGGGGCUCAGCCUGGCCUGGGGGCGUAGCGGAGGCGGGCGGGGAGGCCGCGAGGGGCUGCAGCGGAGAGCUCGGACCACAAACACACGACGCCCGGGUCUUGGACGUGGCGGGGAACGCGAGGCCCAGGAAGACGCCUGUGGGGCUGGGCCGGUUGUCACCACCCCUGCCCAGGGUCAGCCAGCGCGGCUCUGAGCUUCCAGCCCCAGGUACGCCUCGCGCGGUCCCGCCCCUUCCGUCGAGGCCCCGCCUGCUCCGCUCCAGGCCCCGCCCCUUCCGUCGAGGCCCCGCCCCCCGCUCCAGACCCCAGCGAGCAUGGUGGUGCUGAAGGGCGUCCCGGCGCUGCUGUCCCCCGAGCUGCUCUACGCCCUGGCGCGGAUGGGGCACGGAGACGAGAUCGUUUUUGCAGACGUGAACUUCCCCACCUCCUCCAUAUGCAGGUGUGGCCCGGAGGAGAUCCGUGCCGACGGCCUGGGCAUCCCACAGCUCCUGGAGGCCGUGCUGAAGCUGCUGCCCCUGGACACCUACGUAGAGAGCCCGGCUGCUGUCAUGGACCUGGUGCCCAGCGACAGGGCGAAGGGCCUUCAGACCCCCGUGUGGAGGAGCUACCAGUCCAUCCUGUCCGGGGCCGGCUGCACGGACACCCUGGCGAAGAUAGAGAGGUUUGAGUUUUAUGCGCGGGCCAAGAAGGCUUUUGCUGUUGUAGCAACUGGGGAGACAGCCCUCUACGGAAACCUCAUCCUCAAGAAGGGGGUGCUGGCCCCCGACUCCCUCUGCUAGGCCUGGCGAAGACCACAGGGCCCAGGAGGAAAUCUGGAUCUCUGAGCCAGACGACAGACGAGCUGGCCCCGCUCUGGAGCACCCAGACUGCAGCCAACCAGGAGCCCUGGGGGGCCAGGCCAGUCCUGGGAGGGGCCUGGGACUGGGAUGCACCCAAUUUAUGAAAAUGUCAGAAA